ACAAGAAUUCAAAAGGUCCACGUCCACUCCCUGAUAUUUUCCUAUUACCAUUUAGAUAUUUAACCAUUUACGAGCCCUAGUCACUUCUUAGUUCUUAUACCAACUUAGCCAAACCGUAUUUUGCAACAAUGGCGUACGUUCCAGAUAGAGAUGACGACGACGACAUUAACGAAUGGCAACAAGUUCAACACCCAUUUCUUGAGGAAUCCCCCUCCACUGUGCACCAAUCGAGAGUUGCAUCGAACAAUUUUGUGAUUGAGGACAAUUACCUUCUUCACGAUCGUCGAUCUGCCACUAUAACUCCAGCAAACCCUGAAGAUGAUCAAUCCUCAUCACAGCCAUCUUCACCGGCUUCGGCAUCGUCGAGUUGUGUGAGUGACGAGGAUGUGAUUCCGAUUCCAUCGCCGACGCAAUCGGAAUGGCGGCUCCGAGUGGCCAGUGAAGGCUGGAAGCUAUUGAAGGUGCGGUUCGAGGCGAUUAGAGACGGUGUUGUUAGGGCGGCUUCUAAAGUUCGUGAUUAUGCCAUAUGCCUGGGGGCGUUUUGGUCAAUUACGUGCAUAACUGGAGUGGCGUUGGCAACGGCGGCGUUGUUGGUUUACGCGGGGAUUCAACGUGGGCGCCGGCGCCGGCGGCGGACGCUUCCUCAGCAGAGGAUGGAUCAUAUGGCAUGCCUUGUCAGAGAGAGAGACGAGGGGAGACGCAUGAUGGGACAAGUAUUUGUGUGCAGAGAAUACACCAGCUCUUGCUUCAGAUUGCCCAUUUGAAUGAAGCAUUGUCGUCAAGGCGCAAGGUUCCUGUGCUCCGAGUCAAUGCCUGAUUACAUUCAUGUGAGUUUUCUGGUCUUACUUUGUCCCCACCAUAACUAAUGUCCUAUGUCAACCAUGUCUAUAGGCGCUUCUUUCUUGGAAUAUACAUAUGCCUUACACAAAUACAAUAAUGCUACUCAAGGACAAUAUGUCUAGCUAGUUUUCCCAUUAUAUUUUUAUUUGUAUAAUUAUCAGUAUUAAUUAUUUUUAAUUGGUACUCGAUCUUAUUCAAAAUGUAAUCAUUUUCUCCAGAUUAAUCUCAUUCUCAAAUAUAAAUAAUUUAGUAUUUGUGAAAGAAAA